CUACACCGUAUCUACACCAUUGCACUUGAAAAUGAGAUAAGAUAAGACGCAAGAGAAGCGAGAGGAAAAGAGAAAGAAUGUGAAAUAUACGAAGAAUUCACUGACUAUUGAAGGUAGUUGUUCUGCUUGUGUCCGCUUGGUCCCAUCGAAACUGUACUACCUGGUACUACCUUGUGAUAUUCAUUAUACUGUGACUCUUCGGAGAAAGAAGACAAAUUCAGCUGCAGGAUGAAAUCUUUAUGAUUACUUGGAAACUGGACUGCAUGUGAAAUGUUGCAUGUUAAAUAAAAAAUAUUCAGCACGUGGAUUUUAUUUUUAACAAAAGUGUAUUCACUCUGUAGUACAUAAAGCAAACUCUUGGUAAAUAAACAUCAUCUAUUCAUGUGCUAUUUGUUGCAAUAUAACUAACGUCAUUGUUAGUGGAGUAGAUAUAACUAAUUGAAAAAUAAAAAGGGAAGAAAAGUGUAUAAGUUAUUAUGAAGAUUGAAACGUUUGUAUUCUUUGAUCUGGAAACGACUAAUCUUAUUCAAGCAAAUGUCAUGCCAAGAAUCACAGAAGUUGCUUUAGUUGCCGUCUCGCGAGAAUCAAUAUUUAGUUGCAACAAAAAUUCACUGCCAAGAGUCUUGCAUAAACUGGUUCUCCCAGUUAAUCCACAAAGAAUCAUACCACCACAUGUGGAGGACAUGACAAAAUUAUAUCAUCAUGAGAUGCAACUAUUGCAACCUUUCGAAAAGGGAGGCUACGAGUUGAUAACAUAUUUUUUGCAACGUCUUACACCACCAAUUUGUUUUGCAGCGCACAACGGUGACAAGUUCGAUUAUCCGGUAUUCCUAGAAGAACUCAAUCGUAUCAAUAAAAUACUUGAUAACGAAAUUCUCUGCAUCGAUACAUGGAAAAUGUUCCAAGAUUUCUUUAAGAAAAGAAAGUUGGAAUCAAAGGAAGUCCAAGAAUUAUUGAACGAUGAAUACAACGACUCAUUCUCUAUAUUGAAUAUGGAUGUUGAUGAGGCUAUAGAUAUAGUAACGGUGAAAGAACCUAGAAUUGAUGUCGCGACGACAUCCACUAAGCAAUCGAUAUUUCCUUGUGAUAAAUAUACCAAAAUUAUAAACAGUAAAAUACAGGAACAUAGUGAUUAUGUUACUCAAUCUUGGAAAAAUUUUUUACAAAAAUCAAAUGAAAGAACUCCUAAAAAUCAAAUAAUAAAGUUGGAAAAUGUCCCGCAGCGGCCUUUCAAGAAAAACAUUCCAAAAAGGUUAAAUUUCAAAAGUGAGAAGCCGAAUAGUUUAAAACUGAGUGACAUUUAUGAGUACAUGUUUGACAUGAAAAUCGCGGGUAAUCAUUCAGCCGAAGCAGACUGUCUCGCUAUGAUACGCUGCGUCACCAGAAUUGAUAGUUUCUUCCUUAAUUGGUCAGACAAUCACGCAACUCCAUUGAGACGCUGAAAAAAAACGUAAUAAAGUGCUAUUAAUUAAUCGCAAAUGAUACAAAUAACAUGAAAACAUUAACAUAAAAAGAAUACAAACAAUUGUCAUGGAUUUAAGGUUACUAAAGUCGUGAGUUUUACUGACAGAAUACGAUUUUUUCCACCAUACUAUUUUUUUCUGAUUGCCCUUACAAAUUAAGGCUAGUAAAUUCAUAGUCGAUUCUUAUAUUUAAGAUCGUCUAAGUACUAUCAUAAGAUGUCGUCAAUUAAUCAGAAUAUUAGAAUUACUCAAGACUCUUGAAAUAAGAUUCGAUUAUGAAUACUAGCCCUAAAAGUCUUUAUCUACAAUUACUGUACGGCAUUAAUAUAGUCCAAACUGAUUUCUACUGAAAAUGAAAUAAAUUAAGAAAUUUAGAUUUAUAAAACAGAUUGUAUUCUUAAUACAAUAUGGUGUCUACAGCUGUCAACAUGUACUAAUAUUUACUUCAUACAAAAAUUUUGCAGUGCAUUUAUUCAAAAUAAAAAUGGUUUUGAAUACGGAUAAUAUGAAAAUAUAAUGUUGAGUUAUUAAAAUCAUAUUUAAAGACCUAAUAUGAAAGAUUAGUGUGUUUGAAAAUUUAUGCAUCUAUAUGUGUAUAUAAUAUUGAUGUUAUAACAUGCAGUGACAUAUUAAUGUUUCGUAAAUUGUGUGCAUGUAUUGUAUAAAUUGUGUAAGUCAUUGUUCAGUUGAUAAAACUCAUGACUUUAGCAUUUCUCUCAAGACGUAAGGCUAGUGUCAAUAAAAUUUAAAAUAAUAUUUUUAAGAAAUAUUUUCUUAAUUGUAAAAAUAUAUUCUCUCUAUAUUAGCAAUAUUAGAAAUAAAAAAUUAUAAAUAUUAUUAUAAUUCAAUAUGGCUAAUAGAAGACGAGGGAUUAGGUGCCUUAAUUUUAAUAAAUUAUUUACUAAAUUAAAAAA